CAUCUAUUGUUACUUUGUUGCGGUUAUUGAUUUUAUCUGAUAACAACAUGUGUCGUUCAUGCAAGUCUGAUGCCCCUAAAUGGGGUUGUGGUGUCAAGAUCCCGGUGAAAGAUUUACCAAGGUUCUUUGAGUCCCAGCAGAGCUGGAACUUUGAGCAGAAGAUAUACGGAAGAAACGUUGAAGUUUUGGAGAACGUUCGACCUACAAUAACUGGACAUCUUGGUUGCAGAGACACCAGCACAUCAAGACGAGAAAACCAGUUUCUGGUUCGAGAGAUAUUCCAUUGCCCCGGUUGGAGGUACGGUUGCACUCCUAGAAUUGGAUGUUCUGGAAAGAGGAAGAAUUGCUACGCUCUCUGCAAGGUUGCAAUAUACAGUGACAACCCUGAUGUGGGAGUAGUGCAAUACGCGGGAUCCCACGGAGCAGGGAACCCCACCAACCCUCUCCGACACCGCCCCACUAACAGAGUACGACAGUUCAUCAGACAACAGCACCUCAUAUCUGGUGCUACCCCCGCUCAGCUGGAGUAUGCUAUCAGACGCUCUGCUAUUCAAGAAGGUAAAGACAUUAACGAUCCUCGCCACGUUCCCACAAGUGCUAUGAUCCGUCACAUUGUGAAACGAGCCAGAACGGGACCCAACGAACGGAAGACGGGCAAGUGCCACAACAGAAAUAAACCACAAAACUCUGAUGAGAGCAUUCUAGAAUCCCUAACAAAGGUUGCCGACAUCGUCAGACCUAUUGCGAUAAAAGCUUCGCUGUCGCCUGAACAAAAGACUUUGCCAUCUCCGGCUCUGUCACCUUCCUUUUCUUUACAAUCCAGUGAUGAGAUCAAGAACAUUUUGCCGCUCCAAUUAGCAGGACUAGCUGAUCUUAUCAUACGAAACCAGCUAAGUUUAAGCAGUCUGUGUGGAGCAGGGAACUCUAAACUCCCCCUGCUGUGUUCCAGCCCUAUAGACGAGAUUGGAAGUGUUGGUUCCCUAUCCCCCGGCAGUCCCCACCAGCUAAUAUCCUCAGCUAUCAGAUCAGCAUCUUCACCUGCCUUCUGCAGCAGCGAGAUGUCGGUACCUGAGAGGGUUAACACCAUCUGGAGACCGUAUCUAGCGUCUUGAGGACCUUCUGGAGUCUGCAAUUGCUGUGGAAACUCUAACUGUUAUCGCUGUGAUAAAUUAAAAGACUGAUUUAAGAAUUUGAAGAUGGAAGAUGAUGGAAAUAAUGGGCAGAUCAAAUGUUAUCUUGUAGGACUAGUUGAAUGAUAACACAGAAAACUAAGUUGAGAUGACUUUAGAGUUUAGUAACUUAUGAUUACAUUAUUACUUAUUUACUUUCUCCCGAAGUAAUUCUAUUUUUAAGCUCACCAACUAGUAUUAUAUUUGGAAUACAUCGGACUUGUGCGAUAUACCCGCUGUAAAUUCCCUUAAUCAAAUUGAUGUUGUAAAUGUUUUAAAGAUGUUGUUGUAAAAUGUAUUUGUUUAUAUAAUUUCUACCGAUCCAUAUAAUCUUUGUUUGAUUUCUCUUACACGCGCUAGACACAAGUUUAUAUUCAAGUUUAGUUGCUUUACUGAUGAUAACAACUGUUAAUCUUUUACCAGUAAUCGCCUCUUCAACAAGCACGAAAAUUAAGUUUCAAUCACCUCUACGCAGU